AUGAAAAGAUAUAAUAUUCAUAACAGUAAGUUGUAUAAUCCUAAAAAAGUAAAAGUAGAAUGUGAAUAUGAGAAUGAAUUAAGAAAAAAAGACUAUUCCUCAUCAAGUAUUUUUGACUACAAUUUAUCACAUUUGAAAAGAAUUGAAGACAUAGAAGAAAGAAAUUUAGAAAGAUUAAGCUUUUUUCAUUUAGAAGAAAAUCGAAAGAGAAGAAAAAUUAAUUUUUUAAAUAUAUUUGAUCAUUUGAAAAAUAGUAGUAAAGAUACAAAGAAGACUGGAGAUGGUUGUGAUGAAGUGGGUGAUGAUAGCUGUCAUAAUAAUGGCGAUUCUAAUAGAAAACAUAAUACGACGAAUAUUCCCUAUCAGAGUAAAAAUGAAAGGACUAAAAAAAGUAAGGCGGCUAGUCUAAAUAGCAAUAACCCAAUAAAUAAUGAGUAUAACAACAACAGUAAGGAAAAAUUAAAUAAAGGAAACUUGGUGGAUGAUUGGAAAAUAGAAGAAAAUAUGGGAAACAAAAAAGGAAUCGACAUAAAAAAUAAAUAUUAUGAAAAAAUAAAUAACAUACUAAAAGAAGCACACAUGAGCAAAAUUGCUAGAAAGACUAACCGAAAUGGAUGUAAAUAUUUGUGUGCUCGAUAA